GUUGCUCCUUCAGUGAGCACCGAAGCGGCGGCGUUUGCCGCAAGUGUGAGCAUGUCGGUCUUGGCCCUGAAGCCGCGGUUGUUUGGGCUUCAGGUUGCCCCUUUCCGUCCGGCUAACGGCUGGAGAACGCUGUUGAGAUCGGGCCUGUGCGGAGGGACCGGUAGUGGCGAGCGGCCAGAGGGUGGGGUGAGGCUGCGCUUUGGCCCGAGCCCCACAGGCUUCCUACAUCUAGGUGGACUUCGCACAGCUCUGUACAAUUACAUAUUUGCCAAAAAACACGGUGGGACCUUCGUUCUCAGGAUUGAAGAUACAGAUCAGAGCCGUCUUGUUCCUGGAGCAGCGGAAAGUAUUGAGGAUGCCCUAGAGUGGGCAGGAAUCCCCCCUGAUGAAAGCCCUCACAGAGGAGGCUCCUAUGGACCAUACAAGCAAUCAGAGCGACUAGAUUUGUACUUAAAGGCCACUGAGACCCUGGUAAUGAGGAAUGCGGCAUAUUAUUGCUUUUGUAGCCCCCAGCGUCUGGAAAUGUUGAAGAAGGAGGCACUGAGAAUGAGACAAACACCAAAAUAUGAUAAUCGUUGUAGACACCUGAGUCAGACUCAAAUCGAGGAGCAACUGGCACAAGGCUGCUCACACGUUGUCCGAUUUCGUCUGGAGGAGGCUGCUGCACCCUUUGAAGAUCUGGUGUAUGGACUGAACAGGCUAGAUCCUGCCAGUGUGGAGGGUGACCCUGUUAUCCUGAAAGCGGAUGGGUUUCCAACCUACCAUUUGGCAAAUGUAGUUGAUGAUCACCAUAUGAAGAUCAGCCAUGUUUUGCGGGGCACUGAGUGGCUCACUUCCACUGCCAAGCACCUACUGAUGUACAAAGCUUUUGGAUGGAACCCUCCAGCUUUUGCUCACCUUCCACUCCUCGUGAACAAAGAUGGCAGCAAACUUUCCAAGCGUCAGGGUGAUCUGUUCAUCCAGAACUUUUCCCGGAAUGGAGCCCUGCCAGAGGCUUUACUUGACAUUGUCACCAACUGUGGAUCUGGCUUCUCAGGAAAUCGACCGGGUCGGAUCCUGGAGGAGCUGGUCAAUGAGUUUGAUGUGAGUAAAAUAACAACACACUCUGCACUCCUGGACCUUGACAAGCUGCCAGAGUUCAACAGGAUUCACUUGCUGCGGCGAAUUGAAUGUGUCAACUCACGGCAGCAGUUAGUGACGGAGCUUCAAACCCUGGUUGAGAAGGAGUUUGGUGAUAAGCUGGUGGACAGUGAGGCCUUAUGCGCUGAUUAUGUGGAGCGGGUGUUGCUACACCGGAAGGGUCACAUCAGCCGUUUGCAGGACUUGGUGUCACCAAACUACUCGUACCUUUGGUUUCGACCUGUUGUGUGCCGUCAGCAAAUGCUGAAUCUGUCAACUGAAGGAGAGAAGAUCUGUAGUAUAGUGGUGCAAUUCUUCCAGACCUGGUCAAAUGGAAAUGUGAGCCCAGCAGAGCUAAACAAUGAACUGAGAGUGCUACAGGCACAGUUCACAAGGACCAAGUACAAUGACAUGAUGAAGUUUCUUCGACUAGCUCUCAGUGGAAAGCAGCAAGGACCAAGUGUGGCUGAGAUGAUGUUGGCAUUGGGACCUAAAGAGGUGUGUCAACGUCUGCAACAGGCAGUCAUCCAUUGACCACAGCCAUGUAUUUGGGACCUAUAGUUUGGACAUCGUGAUGCACCUCCGAGACUUGUAUGGAAGUAUUCCUCUGCUGACAUACAGGCCAGGCUGGAAAAAUAUUCAGCCCGUCAGGCUAACUCCUCCAUGAAGUAUGAUCACGUCUGAUCAUGCAUUUCAACACACUUUUAGCUACUCGAUUGCCUUUAAUAUAAUUUGUAGUGAGAAAUAUGUCAGUUGUAGUCACAAUCACUGAGUUUCUGCAGCCCUUUGUAGUAGGGAAUUUCAAAGAUUCACAACUCUCAGUAAACAUUUCUCAUCAUCUUCUUGAUAAAUUUUCCCUUUGUGCUGCCACCUUAUUUUGAAAGUGUAACCGGUUAUAGACUCCCAAACCAAGGAGAGCAUCAUACCUGCAUCAACUUUGUCUAUCCCUUUAAGUGUUCUAUAUAUUUCAAUGAGAUCACCACUCGUUAAAAUUCUACAAAAUACAGGCUGUUUCUCCAACCUCUCUUCAUAAAACAGACUUGACAUUCCAAGAACAAACCUGGUGAACCUUUGAUGUACUCCCUCUAUGGUAGUAAGAUCCUUCUUAAAGGUGGCUAAAACUGCACACAGUACUACAGGUGUAAUCUAACCAAUGUUCUGUAGGAUUGAAGCAUGCCUUCACUGCUCUUUAACUUGAUUCCUUUUGUAAUAAAGUCUAAUAUACCAAUA